AUGGCCGAAGAUGGCGAACAGGAAAGUGAAGUGGUAAUACCGAAAAGGCAAGGACUUGGGAGGCGAGCACUGGAAAAUAGUGCUUUGCAGAGGUCGCUCACGCCAUCGGGAUCAGGUGGCCAGCUUCCAAUCAGGGUUGGCCCAGAACAAGAUCGGCCAAGUUACAGCAAUGAAUAUUUGAAGGAGCUUCGAAAUUCAACGCCUUCAACACCAAAGAAUGCCACCGACGACGAUAACGAGAAGACUAUUGAUGUUGCAGCCAAGUUCGGCGAGGUUAUGAAAGUCACAGCGCCGGCCGCCAUUCCCAGCGAAGCGGAGAUUAGAGAGAAAAAAGAAAGAAGAGCACGCUUGGCCAAAGAACAGCAGUAUGGAAUCUCAACAGAGAAGGACUUUAUCUCAUUGGAUGAUACUAUGGAGGAUGAAGAAUGGGACUCGAAAAAUGAAAAAGAGGACCUAAGGGACACUCGGCUGAUCCGUGAUGAUGAGGAUUUCGCAGAGGGCUUCGACGAGUUUGUGGAGGAUGGACGCAUAUCUCUGGGGAGAAAAGCCGAGCGCGAGAGGGCCAAAAAGCAGCGUGAAGAAAUGCGAGAGCUCAUCGAAGAUGCCGAAGGGGAUUCGGACGAGGACGACUCGGACUUAGAAGAAAAGGCUGCUUACGAAGCCGCCCAAACAAGGGCUGCCAUGGGCCACAGCGGCAAAGACUAUACAGAUCGACCAAAGACUCCUCCCAAAAUGACCUCACUUCCACGCCUAUCAACCUGUCUUGACCGAUUACGCACAACCCUGGCCGUCAUGGAAAAGUCGAAAACCCAAAUGAUUGAUCGAAUGGAAGAACUAAGAAAGGAAAAGGCCGACAUAGCUGUGCGAGAAGUAGAGAUUCAGGCUUUAAUCAAAGAAGCUGGGGAUAACUACGAGAAACUCAAACAAGAAGCUGGGCGCACUCCUGGCUCUGACGAGGAUACAGCUGCCGAACGAGGAUUGGAGAGUAUUGGCAAUUCCAUGGCAGUAUCAACAGGAAAUUCCGAGGACGAGUCGUGA